AAGCAGCGAGAAGUAUCUGCUGCUCAGCUCAAAAAGUGACUCCGCGUGAUUUGGGGGAGAAAAAAAAGGGGCAGUGGUAAAAAAAAAAAAAAACAAUGCGCUGCGCGUUUUUCUUUCUUCCUGCGUGGCUGAUUUGAGAGUCGGCGCAAAGCCUGCGUUGGAAGGCGCGUCGCUGCUGCUCGGCCGGUCGUCGGUGGGAGGACCCCCUGCGCGGCCCCUUUUGCGCUUCUCUCUGCUAGUUGGAAGUUGUUGUCACGGCGAGCGCGCAGAGGGAGAGGAGAGGAGAGGAGAGGCUGGACGAGAGCGCAGCAGCUGAGCGGCCAAACAACAGGGCGCAAACCUUUCGGUCGACAUCCUCACGAGACGCGUCACGCGGCGUCGACCUGUCACUUCGAACCCGCUCCGCGCAGAGUCACAACGCGAGAGAGCACCGCGGCGGCAGCAGCAACCUGGUCCGCUCCGCUCUGCAGGGGCGAAGAAACAAACAACAACAACAACAACAACAACAACAAACUCCCCCGAUACGCGGCCGUCUCAGCGGGCAUGAGCUAACCGACCGACAUGGAAACCAAACCGUUCCUGUCAUUGGGGUUCCUGAAGCCCCAGUGCUCCUUGGCCCAUCCCAUGCAGCGAGGCCGCUCAGGCGAGGCCUGCUCCUGCUUCACCGGCAUGUGUGCCCUCCAUCAGCGCCGCCUGUCCUCAGACUCGUCGGGCCACUUGUCCUCCUCGCCCCUGGGCUCCCCCACGUCCCACCGGGGGAUGCACCCGUCUCUGCUCAGCCCGACCUCCAUGGGGCCCUCGGGCUCCCUCCACUCCCCCAUCAGCACGCUGAGUUCGCCCAUGAACGGCCUCGGCUCGCCCUUCUCCGUCAUCAGCUCGCCCAUGGGUCCCCACUCCAUGAGCUCCCCCGGCAUGGGGUACGGCCCCAGCGUCAGCCCCCAGCUGAACUCCCCGAUGAACUCGGUCAGCAGCACGGAGGACAUCAAGCCCCCGCUGGGCCUCAACGGCGUGAUGAAGGUGCCCGCCCAGCCCUCGGGCACGGUCCUGUCGCUCACCAAGCACAUCUGCGCCAUCUGCGGCGACCGCUCCUCAGGUAAACACUACGGGGUUUACAGCUGCGAGGGCUGCAAAGGCUUUUUCAAGCGGACGGUGCGCAAAGACCUCACCUACACCUGCCGCGACAACAAGAACUGUGUCAUCGACAAGCGCCAGAGGAACCGCUGCCAGUACUGCCGCUACCAAAAGUGUUUAGCCAUGGGGAUGAAGAGAGAAGUUUUGUUACAUGCAGCCGUUCAGGAGGAGCGCCAGCGAGCCAAGGAGAGAAACGAGAGCGAGGUCGAGUCCUCCAGCUGCGCCAACGAGGACAUGCCCGUGGAGAAGAUUCUGGAGGCCGAGCAGGCGGUGGAACCCAAAACGGAGACCUACAUCGAGACCAACCUGGGCGCGCCAUCCAAUUCGCCUAACGACCCGGUGACAAAUAUCUGCCAGGCGGCUGACAAGCAGCUCUUCACCCUGGUGGAGUGGGCCAAGAGGAUCCCCCACUUCUCUGAGCUGCCACUGGACGACCAGGUCAUCCUUCUACGAGCAGGCUGGAACGAACUGCUCAUCGCAUCCUUUUCGCACCGCUCGAUAUCGAUCAAAGACGGCAUCCUGCUGGCGACCGGGCUGCACGUCCACCGCAACAGCGCCCACAGCGCCGGGGUGGGGGCCAUCUUCGACAGAGUGCUCACGGAGCUGGUGUCGAAGAUGAGGGACAUGCAGAUGGAUAAGACGGAGCUGGGGUGCCUUCGAGCGAUAGUCCUUUUCAACCCAGACUCCAAAGGACUGUCCAAUCCAGGUGAGGUAGAAGCUCUGAGAGAGAAGGUGUACGCGUCUUUAGAGGCCUACUGCAAACAGAAGUACCCCGACCAGCCUGGCAGGUUUGCCAAACUGUUGCUGCGGUUACCGGCGCUGCGCUCCAUCGGCCUCAAGUGUCUGGAGCACUUGUUCUUCUUCAAGCUCAUCGGGGACACGCCCAUCGACACCUUCCUCAUGGAGAUGCUGGAAGCCCCGCAUCAAAUGACAUAAUAGCAGAGACGCUUGAGGCCUCCCCCAAAAGCCUGGAUCGGGACAGUGAGGGAGGGAUCCCCCCUUCCACACCUGCUCCUUUUUGGAUGUGUUCCAAGACAAUGGAUUCAUCCUCCCUUUGAGUCGGUUUUAUACCUUGUAAAGCAUAUAUAAAUAAGAAAUAUAUAUAUAUUGUCUAUAUAUAGAUAUAGGUAUGGAAAUCACACUGCGACACGGGUGACAACAGUGGACUUCAGAUCAGAAGAAGCGCAUUGAGCCGUUGUUUUCGUCCUCUUUCCCCACACGGCAACAAGACUAGAAAAAGACGAUCAGGGUUUUGACGCCCACAGUUGCAGGUAUCAAAUGGACAUUUUUUUUUAAAAAGCCCCUCAGCGAUGUGAGCGGGAAGAGCCUCAGGCCGCCCGGACCUGAGCCUUCUCUCUUUUUCAGGACUCUGAACUCACUUGGAGGGGAUUUGGGGGGCGGAGGACAGGGGACACGCUCGCUUGAAGGAGCCGUCCUCUCUCCUCCCGUCAGGGGUUGUGAGCCGCUGGGGGGGGGGGCUUACAGGACUGCAAGUGCUUAAAGAAUCCUAAAACAACCUCAGGUGUCGGCCCGAUUCCACCAAAUAGGACCUGCCUGCUGCUGCAUCGGCACUGUGCGCCAUCAGGUGUGUGUUGGGGGGGGGAUUUUAGUCAAAUGAGCCCUUGGUUUGGUGCCCACCGAUGGCGAGGGAAGACGCCAUCUUUACGGCACUCGUCGCAGCGUCUUAUGGGGGUAUGUUUUGUUUUUUUUGGUACCCUUCUCGGACAUCCCCCCCGUCUCGUGGCACGUAACUUUCAACACAACGUCCUUGCACCCCCCACCCCGCGGCGGGAUGCUAGCCUCACACACACACACACACACACACACAUCUACCUGUACAGACAGCUACAGCCGCACGCAGUAUUGACCUUGCUUUGACUUACCUCUUACUCGGCACUUAAUCUCACGAAGGCUCCUAAAAGGAGAGCGGAUGUCGUGACGGACCCUGAUUGGGGACGCGCCAUCCGGCGGGACACACGCUCGCUGCCCCUGGAAUAUGGAAACCUCCAUGUGGUGUAUUGUGGUGAUCACGCUGUACACUCAUAUGCUGUUUGUUGCUUCUCUCGACACGCUGCGGCGGCCGCUGCGAUACUAUGCAUCGAGUGCGUUUCCAAAGAUUGUCCACAGAGUGUUGGUGAGCCGUGGUGUUACUCUCCUUUCACCCCCCCCCCCCCCCCCCCCACCACCACCACCACCACACUAUUUGGAUAUAGGAUAGACAUUCUGUGCUGGUUGCUUCACCUCUGAAAGUGAGUUUAAGGUAGUGUCUCAAGUAGGAUACAAGAAAAAGGCCCAGAUGAAAAUGAAAUAUGAAAUGAAGGAUUUUCGUCCUGUUUCUGCUGAUUGGUCCCGUUAUGUGAGCGACUUGGACAUCCCAGACCGGAGCCCCCCGAGCGCUGUCGUCCUCCAGAGAUGAACGAUUAAAUGGAGCCUUGAAUGUGCCACUUUUUCAGUCUUUAGUCAUCACUGAUUAAUAUAUUUUAAUACAUGUACCUAAUUUACACAUGCAUUUUAAUCAUGAGUUAUAAGAGUAUGAAAUAUUCUUUUAAUAAGAUGAAAAUGUAAUGGUAAUACUUCUACAUCACGAGGAUCUCCUGUGAGAUUCAUUUCACAUAAAUAUGCAUAUAAAUAUGCAGCAGGAGCUUCUAUUGGCCGCUUGUCGGCUUUAACACCGCUGUCAGAGGUUAUUUUGUCAGUGCUUUUUAAUUCCCUCAACUUAUGAAUCAAUAGGAAAAGGUCAUAAUAUUCCGGUGGCACCGUCAGGGCCCCAUAGAGGAACGUUUUCCUCCUGUUUGUUUUUCUUGGGUCAGAUGCGUCUUCUAGCAGGACAUUUAAGAGCCUGGAGCUCCCUCUGGUGGAGGAGCGGCGCUGCUGCAGCUUUACUUGAAUUCUGUUAUUUCAUCCGACAAGAAGAUGGCACUUUCAUCGCUUUGCUCGGACACAACCCUCCUUGAGUCGUGUGGGGAGAAGUAAUUACUCGAGUGUUUCAGGGAGGUGGCCUGUUACCAUCUCAGAAGCACCUGCUGGUCUGAGCUCAGUUUACAGUAUUUAUAUUCUGGUGUUUGCCUUUUCAAAACAAAGGCAAGCUUGUUUUACAAUUGAAUCAUUGAGCUACAGUUACUUUUAUUUUUUAUUAUAGGAAAGCAGACGUUGAGCGACCUAAGUGGGUCUUUUGUUCAAAUGGACAUCCUCCUGUUGCCCCCCCUUAGUGAACAGGUCUCUUAAGCCAUAAAGUGGAUCCCCCCCCAGUGUCCAGCAAAGAAAAAUCACCUCCAUGAACGCUUUAUAAAACAAAGUUCUAUUUUGUUAAUAUGUAAAUGUGUAUAUAUUUAUAAAUCUAUUUCAACAGAUCUGUUCUUUGAGUAUUUCCGUGGAACAGUGGUCUUAAGACCAGUGUUUCACGGCUCGUUACUACACUUCUGUUGCUUUCAGACCUGGACUUGGUGAACCAGCAGAAUCACAGCAGCUCUAAGCUAAAAUAACCAGCUCAAUAAAACAGUGAAAGAAAAAAAUCCCCUGAAAUAUGUCUGUGUUGCUUGGCAAUUGUAUGUUCAAUAAGUGUAAUAAUCAGGAAAAUCAAUGCUUUCAUUGUUGCAUCAGUGGUAAAUCAUCUAUUUUUGUACAACAGUAAUUUUAUCCCGGACUUUUGUUCUGCUCUCUCCCGUUUCUUCUGCAUACGUUGUAGAAGGCGGUUUUUGUCGCCUUGGAAACCAUGUCGCCUACUUUACCAUUUUUUUGCCUGCCGCUGCAUUGACGGGGAUUGUCUUUAAUUAUACUUUCGUCAAUUUUUAAGAGAUGAAAUUUGUCUUCUGUUCUUUGUGGGUUGUUUUCCGAUGUUCUUUAUCUUUCAUGGACAGAAAAAAAAACUAAAAGUUAUUAAAAAAGUAAUGAACUCUGA